AUGGUAGCCUCUCAUCCUCUAAUGACUCCAAUGUCCAAUGUCAUCGCUAAACUACACCCCGCUAACAUCGCUGCAGUUUCGUUCUCUAUGGAACUGCCUGCUGAGAAUCUUCCCAAAGUCCCUCCUUCCGUCGGCCUGACUCCUGAGAGUGCGCCGCGAGUAGUCAUGUCCCACGAAGUUUUAGUCUUUCAUCCUGUCUCUCUUGAUGAAGCGCUCCAUGGUCCAGAGUCUAAGAGGAAGCGCUCUACCAGGAAUGCGCUAUUGCAAGAGUCGAGGAGCAAAUCGGGAUAUUCGUUCUCGUCUGUUUAA